UUAGGACAAAAUCGUUGUCUCGGCAGUUUUUCAUAAUUUUAUCAGCGAUUUAAAGAAAUUACAGAGAUGCCUCGAGGGGCUGGUAAAAGGAAAGAGGGAAAACCGGUCAGGCGUCAACCUCGACCAUCAACACCAGAGCCUCGGGCUGUUCGAAGGGACAGAAGCCCCCCAAGGGCCAGACGAGAGAGCCCGCGGGGUGAACAACCAAAGGCCCGACCCGUUCGAGGGGAGAGAAGCCCCCCAAGGGAUAGGCGAGAGAGACCGCGGGCGGAAGUACGCAGAAGAUAUAGACCUGGUGCUCGAGCCCUUAUGGAAAUAAGAAAGUACCAGAAGUCUACCGCACUCUUGAUUAGAAAGGCAGCGUUUUCAAGGCUGGUCAGGGAUAUAGCCCAAAAUCAGCAUGCAGAUUUCCUGUGGAGAGCAGAGGCUUUAGCAGCUUUGCAAGAGUCUGCAGAAUCGUUUAUCGUCCGUCUGUUUGAGGAUGCCUAUCUGUGCACCAUCCAUGCACGCAGAGUGACGUUAUUCCCACGUGACAUACAGUUAGCAAGGAGAAUCAGGGGACCGCAACAUGGCCUGGGCUGAAUCCAAAGUUACUUUUUUAAAAUAAAAAUAUUGUUUUUUUGUUUUUAUACCUGUACAGCUUAUUGAAGUUUGUUAAGUGCUGUGCAAAUGCAAUGUUUUGCACAGUAGUUUUAUGUCAAUUUGUAUUCAAUAAAAUGAAAUUCUUCUAUUUGUGGA